GAAAUUUAAAUUAAGACUUAGGCGUACGGCAGCAUUUCCCUCUUUUCUUUCCAUCUUCCUAUAUUCCUAUCCCCGCUUAUUGUUGCUCAUCUUGUAUAUAUAGGCAUAUAGCUCAUUCUAGUUCCUCCAUCUAAUGGGGCGGAUCUUGAUUUGAUUUAAUAAAAUUAAUACGUCCCUCCCCUUCAAUCGUCUGUCCAUCCUUUCCUUCUCAUUUUGUGCAUACGUACGAAAAAUGAUGGUGUUAAGGUUAAGUGUGGCUGUGUUGCUUCUGCUAACGUUAGCGCCAUGGUGUAGUUACUCACAAUCACCUUCUCAACUUGUGGUGGGUAUUACAAUGGUGAAAAAUACUACUGCCAAACAUCUUGGAGCAUAUUGCUUGGAUGGGAGUUUACCUGCAUAUCAGUUCAGCAAAGGAUUCGGUUCUGGUGCAAGCAACUGGCUUUUGCACAUCGAGGGUGGUGGAUGGUGCAAUGAUGUAAAUUCAUGCUUGGAGAGGGCUACUACUGAAGUUGGUUCCUCAAACUACAUGACUGAGAAUAACUUUACUGGGAUCCUAAGCAACAAUGAAUCCCUCAACCCAGACUUCUACAAUUGGAACCGCGUUAUGCUAAGAUACUGUGAUGGAGCUUCCUUUGCUGGCAAUUCCUUGUACGAAAAUGGGACCUCAUCGCUUUACUUUAGAGGGCAAAAAAUUUGGCAGGCAAUUAUUUCUGAUCUUCUUCCACAAGGGUUGGCACAUGCAGAGAAGGCUUUGCUUUCUGGCUGCUCGGCAGGGGGUUUAGCAGUGUUUCUGCACUGUGACAACUUCUCCAGGUCUCUACCUGGAAAUGCUUCUGUCAAAUGUAUCAGUGAUGCUGGUUUUUUCUUAGACGUAAAAGAUGUAGCCAAGACUGACACAAUUAGAACCUUAUACCAUGAUGUCGUUUCUCUUCAAGGCGUUGAACAAAAUCUCAACCAAAACUGCACCAGUUCUCAAAUCGAUCUUAAGCAAUGCUUAUUUCCACAAUAUUUCCUGAGUUACAUCAAGACUCCGAUGUUCAUCUUAAACACUGCAUAUGAUACAUGGCAGUUUAAUAACAUCUUGGUACCAUCUUCGGCUGAUCCGGGAGGAGUAUGGAAUUCUUGCAAGAACAAUUUAGCAACUUGCACUGACAGUCAAAUUCAGACACUACAAGAUUUUCGACUAGACAUGCUCAAUGCUACAAACUCUUUCUAUAAAUCUUCAACAAGUGGAGGAAUGUUCAUAAAUUCAUGCUUUGCACAUUGCCAAACUGUGUAUCAGGAAACUUGGUUCGCCGUUAACUCCCCUAGAAUGCAAAAUAUGACCAUUGCAGAGGCUGUUGGCGAUUGGUAUUUUGAACGAAAUGAGACAAAGCUGAUCGAUUGUCCAUAUCCUUGUGACUCAACUUGUCAAUAUUAGACCAAGAUAAAACCCAUCAUAGGACUUGGAGAAUUUUUUGGAGGUGAAGAUUAUAAAAGCAGAUUCUUAAUCUGCAAAAGAUAGCUUUAUUUUGCUGGUGCAUUUCAGUGUACAAUUUCUAUAAGAAAAAUAAACUUGUACCUGGAUUACAUGUUAUUCAAUCACAAUUCUUCUAAUCAAAUAGUGUACUUCAAUUUUA